UUUUCAUUCUGCAGCUGUUAGUAGCGAAAUCAAGUUCAAGCAUAGAAAUGAGACACGUGGCUUGAUGAAGGAAAAGACCAUGCCUUUUGACAGAGGUUCAACACCUUCCACAUCAUGGCAAUAUCUAAAGUAUUGUUGGUUUUAUACUUGCUUUUCUGCAAGACCCUCCAAAGCCUUCUUUCUCAUCACUGCUUAGCUAGAGGGCAAGGUUCUAUAAAGUGUUUGGGGCACGUAUGGACAGAACCGGCCCCAGUCAUUCAAAUGGGCCAAAGUUUUUCUAUCAAUUGUCAUUGCAGGGAAAAAAGCUGUCAAAAUAGGAAACUAUCUAUGCUCUUAAAUGGCAUUGAUGUUGAGGACACACUCUUGUCAGUUAUAAACCAAAGUACAGUUCAGCUCAAUCUUCAUGAUUAUAACAAGCCCUUUUCCAGAGUUGCAUGCUAUGUCAAAAGUUUCAAAGGCCCACUGAUAUGCGGAACACAGUUUUGUAUGGGAUAUCUGCCUGACAAACCAGCCAAUUUAACCUGUAUUAAACCUGAGCGAUCAGAUAAUGUGGCCUGCAUUUGGAACCCAGGAAGAGAAACAUAUUUAACCACUAGGUACAUUCUGUAUGUGAAAAGUUUAUUCACAGAAGAGAAUAAAGCAUUUGCCUCAAAUAGUACCUCAGUUAUCAUUCCUGUGAAUCAACUACAGAAAAACCAAACAUUUUCCAUCUCAGUCCAUGCUGAAAAUUUCUUGGGUGGAAUUCUUUCAGAGGAACUUCAUGUUGAUCUCAACACUAUAGUAACACCGGCUGUACCCGUGGUUGUUCAAAAUAAAACAGUGGAGUUUCCAGCAUUCAAGACUAUAAUUCAGUGGAAAAGGCAAACAGCAAUCAAUGAGACGUAUUGUGAGGAGCGAUAUAAGGAGACAAUAAGUGAAAUUUGGCAUGUGAGAGACUGGGAUGCUAAUUUAAGAGAUGAGCUUUACACCGAGUACAACUUAGAUGCAAAUACAAAGUAUGAGUUUCAAAUUAGAUGCAAACUAACUCACCCCAGAAGUUUGUGGAGCAGAUGGAGUGAAUCUGCAGUAUACAUUACUCCAGAGAAAGAACCUGCCGUUCUUGAUGUAUGGAGGAAACUCGGACCAAUUUACCCCAAUCAUACCCAAGUGAUGACUAUCUUGAUCAAGCCACUGUCUCCAAAGGAAAGUGGAGGAAGAAUUCUGAAUUAUAGAAUAUUCUAUGAAAACCGAGGAAGAAAGGUGGAUUUAUGUAAAACAACAGAAAUAUUUUGCAAAGUGAUGGUGCCCCCUGCAGUGACCAUUAUUUAUGUGACAGCCCACAAUUCCAAAGGAAGUUCCAAACCUGCUAAAAUUAUAGUGGAACAACCACCUCACAAUUUCCAAGAUUUCCCACCCCCUACCAAUAUGAAAAUCAUUACUGAUAAACAAAAAGGAAUUUCUGUAAUAUGGGAACCUCCUAAAUCCAUUGGAAAAAAACUUUUAUGGUACAUAGUGGAAUGGAUUUCUGCAAACCUCAGUCAUUUUCAUCAUAGCAUUACAUGGAAAAAAGUCCCUUUCCAAAAUACAUCAACUUCUUUAGAAGAAAGCAUCAGAAUUGAAAAUAACUCCAUUUCAGUAUAUGCUGUGUAUCAGAAAGGCAUCAGCCAGGCCAGCUCUGUCCAGACACUGAUGAAAGAAAAGAAAGAACAACCUGGCAUUGCCCAAGAAAGCAGGCCUGCAGUCGCCAAGGGCAAUUAUGAUUAUGAUACUGGGAUUCUGUUGGGAACUGGUGUUGGAGUGGCCUUCUUAUCAAUCUCUGUUUUGGCUUUGAUUACAAUUAAAUCAUGCAGGAAAAGGGUUAACAAAAUGGUUAGUUCAGUAACACCAAAAUGGCUUUUUGAAGAAUAUCCUAAGAUGCAAAACAGCAAAGUGAUCAAAUAUCUCCAGGAAAAAAAUGAUGCUGUGACACACAAUUUCUCUGGGCCAUUUUUGGAUUAUGAGGAUGUUGUGGUAACUGAAGUUGAAGAAAUAUUGUUACAGAAACACUAUAGGACUGUGGGACAGAAAAGAGGAAAAAGUGAAACAGUUUCUGGGAAACUUAAUAUUCCAGAAGAUGUGCCGUUUGCCAGCCAUUCAGAUGUGACUGAGAGAAAUGGCUACAAACCUCAGACUUCUAGUAAGGCACAAUUAGGAACUACUUUCAGCACUACUAGUGAAAUACAUUUUCAAAACUUGGAACCAAAAUCAAACUCGCUAGCUUUGCCCAUAAACAAUUUAAGGAAAGAUUAUACCAGUCCUGUGGCCCAUAUAUGGCCUAUGGUUGACACCAAUGAAAGUAAGUCUUUAUUUGAUAAAAUCAGCCUUGUUCUCAGGAAUAGUGGAAGUGGGCAGAGCAGAGUCAACUCAACAGAUGAAGAUCCAAGUACCCAAAGGGCAAACCAGUUGAAGUUUCUGCUUUCAGAUGAAGAUAUUCAAGAACAGACUGUAAUACCAGAUAGUCUACUUUCUUGCUUAAAAACUAUAAAUGAAGACUCCACCAAUAUGAUGUCUUAUUUUCCUCAAAACACUGUUCACUAUGAGGAUUGAAGAAACAAAGAAUACACAUUUUGCACAAAGAAUACAAGUUUUGCAUUUUCAAGCAGCAUAACUCAAGGUUCUCUGUUCAAUGUUUGAACAAAAUUGAAAAGGCCAAUUUGUCCCUGCCUGAAAAACUGCUGAGGACUGCUUAAGUGAUUAAGUGGAUAUUACUUCGUUAUGGAUGAAGGAGCAAACUGCUCUCAUUGUCACCAUAGGAAUGCUCCUGGCCUCAGUGACAUGGAUCACCUUCUGCAAGCAUCAUUACACCCUCUCAAAGGAUGAGGAGGUGCAAACUGUUUUUCGUUACAUUGGCACAGCCAUAAGGAAGUAUGUCUGCACCAUGCCAUAGAAAUCUAUGGUCUGACUAUGCUUGGAACAUUGUAUAUAGUUCUGGGUGCUCAGCUGCAAAAAUUGUACUGAACAUCCCAAAAAGAUGCUGGAAAGGGUAGUCAAUGGAAAAACUCACUGGUGAGGAUAGAGCUAUGCAAGUUAGAAAAACAUGAUUUAUAAGACAUUUAGAAUUAUAUACAGUUAUGAUGUCGAGAAAAUGGACAGAGAUUUUUAUUUUUUUUUGGUUCUCCCUUAUAAUACAAAAAUCCAAUGAUAUUGAAAGUUGAGGGAUAUGGGACAGCAAAAAAGCAAUACUUCAACACAUGGUGUGUAGUUAGACUAUGGAAUUAGCUUUUAUAGAAUGUCAUGAUGGCUACCAACCUAGAGGGCUUUAAAAGAAAAUUGAGCAGAUUUAUGGAUGACAUAUUGGUGAAUGGCUGCUAGACACAAUGGCUAUGUACUAUUUCCAGAUUUUGAGGUUAUGAGCACUGAAUACUGUACCAGUUCCCGGGUACAACAAUGGGGAGAUGCUACUAUGUGAAGGGUUCCCUUUGGAAGUUAAUCACUCACUUGGGAAAACAACAUGCUGGAUUAGAUGGGCAUUUGUCUAAUCCAGGAGAGUUCUUUUAUAUACUUAGUGAAGUAAUAUCUGACCCAGGCUUCAUGGUCUUUUAAAAGAAAGCCAGGUGUUGCUCAGGAAGCUCAUUUUGAGAAUGAUGAGAAUAAUGCAGUUUUAACAUUUAGUCAGGAGAUAUCAUUCACAUCAGAACACGCCACCUCUGAAACUUCUCAAAAAGGUGAAUGGCUUCCUAGAAAUUGAAAGGUGAUACUGAACCUAAAUACGUCUCUAGAAUGCAAGUUAAUCUAAAAUUAGUAGUAGCUGCUGAUGCAGGAAGGAAAUAGUAAGAGAGAAACCACACCAACCAGGAGUUAACAGCAUGAUAUGGAAAGUAAUAAGAUAUCUUUUUUGUCAUUCUUUUCUUUCUGAAACUUUAAAUCCAUAAAAUAAGAAUGCAUACCAGUCUUUUUACAAUCUGGGAAUGAGCCUGUUCUGUCAAAGGGAAUUAUUAAUGCUAUUUACCUUUAGGGAAUUAAAAAAUAAUUGUUAUAUACCUAUCUCUCAGACUAGAUAAAUCCAUCUUAUAAUACAAGAAAAAGAGGGUAUUUUAAUGACUCAAUAAAGAU